CGGGGCUAUGGAGAAGUGCUGUCCAUCUAUGUUGAUACAGAUCUAGAAACUGGACAAACUGAGUGACUGCUAACGCUGCUUUUCGCAUGGACUAAUUUUUGUUUUAUACCGAGGACAACGUGUUUCGUUUUAAAAGCCGCCUUCAACUUCACUGGCUCGGAAAAUUUUGGCGACCUGGCCCCUCCAUUCGGGCCCUCCUCCACCUCUGCUACUGCACAAAGUGAAGGUUGAUAUGCCACAUCAGCAGUGAUGGAGCCCAUGACGGUGACGACGUCGGUGGUCGGACCGGAGGAGUUCGACCGCAACGCCCCCCGGAUCUGUGGCGUGUGCGGCGACAAGGCCACCGGCUUCCACUUCAAUGCUAUGACCUGCGAAGGCUGCAAAGGCUUCUUCAGGCGCAGCAUGAAGCGCAAAGCCAACUUUACAUGUCCCUUCAACGGAAGCUGCACCAUCACCAAGGACAACCGGCGUCACUGCCAGGCCUGUCGCCUCAAACGCUGCAUCGACAUUGGCAUGAUGAAAGAAUUUAUCCUGACAGAUGAGGAGGUUCAGAGGAAGAAGGAAAUGAUACUGAAGAGGAAGGAGGAGGAAGCGGCCCGCGAAGCAAUGCGACCACGGCUGAACGACGAGCAGACAAGGAUCAUCUCCUGCCUGGUCGAAGCUCACCACAAGACCUACGACGCCUCAUACUCUGACUUUUCCCGCUUCAGGCCUCCGGUGCGUGAAGGCCCUGUGACUCGCAGCGCCAGCCGAGCCGCCUCCCUCCACUCUCUGUCUGAUGCCUCCUCUGACUCAUUCAACCACUCACCUGAGUCUGUGGACACCAAGAUGAACUUCAGCAACUUGUUAAUGAUGUACCAGGAUGGAGCUAGCAGUCCAGACUCCAGUGAAGAGGACUCCAAGCUAUCGAUGCUGCCCCACUUGGCCGACCUGGUUUCCUACAGCAUCCAGAAAGUCAUCGGUUUUGCUAAGAUGAUCCCAGGUUUCAGAGAGCUGACGGCGGAGGACCAGAUCGCAUUGUUGAAGUCGAGUGCCAUCGAGAUAAUCAUGCUGCGCUCAAACCAGUCAUUUAGUCUGGAGGACAUGUCCUGGAGCUGCGGAGGACCAGACUUCAAAUACUGCAUCAAUGACGUCACCAAAGCGGGUCACACUCUGGAGCUGCUGGAGCCGCUGGUCAAGUUCCAGGUUGGACUAAAGAAGCUCAACCUGCAUGAGGAGGAGCAUGUGCUGCUCAUGGCCAUCUGCCUGCUCUCCCCAGAUCGUCCCGGCGUCCAGGACCACGCCCGCGUUGAGCAGCUCCAGGACCGCCUAUCGGAGGCACUGCAGGCCUACAUCCGGGUCAACCACCCCGGCGGGCGCCUCCUUUAUGCCAAGAUGAUCCAGAAACUGGCAGACCUGCGCAGCCUGAAUGAGGAGCACUCCAAGCAGUACCGCUCGCUGUCCUUCCAGCCCGAACACAGCAUGCAGCUCACCCCACUGGUGCUGGAAGUGUUCGGCAGCGAGGUGUCGUAGCCGAGGGCAGAUAUGACCAACAUACAGAAACAGGAUGAUUUUAAUCGACACCCACAGCCUUUUCCCUCAGAAAACCCUGGACAUGAAGGAGAACGAUGGAUAAAUUAAUAGGCAGACAUCACCUCUUCAUCCUCCUCCGAUCUCAUCUCUGGAUUUAGGAAUGAUACACCUUGCUGUGGAUUUCCGCAGCAUUCAAAUUCUCCUCUGACCUCUGCAUUUACAAACAGACCCAAACCCAAAUCCGUUAUCCACCUGAUAUCCUGCCACUCGUCUGGAUCUUCAGAUUUUCUCGUCACCUUUCUUUGGGUGAUCACUGGUACAGUCCUUCUACUUAUUUUUUCCUCUGUUGGAGAUGACCUAAUGGAUGGACAGAUCCCGUCGUCUCCAUCCUCAUUGCAUCGCUCCAUGGUCACAUAAGCCCCACAUCAGACAGGAUCAGGUUCACAGAGAUCAUCUUUAGUUGCGCUGGCUCUAGUGAUGCAGCGUUACCACACUAGGGUCAGACAGUUGACAUUCUGUUUUAUGGAAGAGAAUCACGUUAACAAGAUGGGAAUCCAGCAGAUAUUCUCUGUUUUCCUGCGCAUCUGAGUGUGUCUAUGAUGUUCAACAGCCAUCUGAAGUGAUGAAAGGAAGUCGAAGGAGGAACGAGUUAUGGAGAUGAUGGAAAGGAAAGCGAGGAAAUGAGUAGAGGAUGGAUGGUGGGAGUUGCUACAGUUGGAGUUCCCUGUUCACAAGACAAAAGGGAAUUUCACAAAACAAGAAUGUAUGUAUAAUGCUAUAUAAAUAGAAAUAAUAAGCUGAUAUAUGAAUAUAUAUAAAUAUAUUUAAGAGAAUUAAACAUGUUUGCUUCCAUUGAAGCAAAUAGUUCUGAGUGUUGUAGAGGAUUUGAAGGCCCCUCCUCAAUUGCGCAUCUUUUUUUUUUUUUUUUUUUUGAUCAAAAAAAAAAAAAAAAAAAAAGACAAGUGCACACACAGAGGAAAGUGCUAAGGAGUGUGCAAGGAGUCCUUCUAUUUUUGUGAUGUGUGUACAGUAUAUGAGAAUAUUGGAAUAUUGAUGGACCACAAGGGGGUGUACGCGGACCGGCUCUGGCAUGGGGGGGCUCAGUGCAGGGAAGCGCUCAUAUGUUUCUCCUCUUUGGACCUGUGAAGUUUGUAAACAUAUACGCAAAAACACCCAUUUCUGGGAUAGCGAGUAUCCAAAAUAUAUCUGUUUGGGCUGGUUUAGAUUGCUGCUACGACAGUUAGAGCUUGGUAGUUGGAUGGAAACCAACUACCUGCUGUUGCCUCAGGGAAAAGUUUGUCUGAUGAUAAUGUGUACUUGGUGUUUAUGGUGUGCGUGGCGUAAGCUUACAAUCAUAAGACAGAGAUUGUUUUUUGAAGCUCUAGGCAUCACUGUGAUUUUAAUCAUACUAAAUAACAGCGCAAGUAAGCUAAAAGGGACUUUUUAAAAUGAGAACUACAAAUUUUCAUUCCUUAGCUUAUCUCUUUAAGUCCCUCUAUGGAAUAAAUUGCAUGAUCAUAAGUUAUUUUUAAGUUUAAAUACCCAUUAUUUACUUCAUUAAAAAAAGAAAAAAACAGGUCGCUUCUUUGUUAAAAUAUUGAUUGACUGAUAUCAGCCUUAAGGUUUUUUUCAGGGCAAAGAGAAUAUUAGAAAGAUGGUAGCAAUAUAGAUGAGCAAUGUAUAGCCUGUAGUAUUUUGUGAAUUAAAUCUUUUAGAUUCUCUAAGCAGGAUUAAGCAUAAGACAAAAUGUUUUUAUAUUACAUGUUAAACUCAAGCCUCAUACCUUUUGUCACAUUUCUAUCAUUUUUACACCAGCCACAUAAGCGAGGUUUAGGAUGUUACUCGGACAACAUCACUACAUAUCAUAUCACUCUGUCGACACAGUGCAUGCUCACCCCUCAUGCAGGCCUGGAGCACCCCCUUGUGGACAAACUUUGUAAAUACCACUUGCUAGAUCUGUACAUAGUUAGAGAUUAAUGUAGGCAUAAUACUAAGAGAAUUCAGUUGUUGAUGGCAAGAUGCUCUGGAGAUACAGCACUAUAUGCAAUUAGGAGAUGACUCUUCUGUUGUACUCGACUAGAAUGGACAGAAAUGGUGGUCCUGGUCAUGUGACACUGCUGGGAGGAGCUCUGAAGAAGUCUGCCACAGCUGCGAUUCAGCUUUGUGAAAUUGGAUAUUAACAAAAUUGUCCUCAAGAAAACGCAUAACACUUAAUUAUUCUUGAGCUUAGAAGCAAGAAAUGAAAGGAAAAGGACGUCACAAAAAACAGGCAUUUAAUGUCUGUUUCUGUGCACUUUCUUAAAUGAUUUAAUCUUUAACAGAUUAGUUUACAAAGUUGUCAUAGAAAUGGUUGAGUUGAAUUUUUCCCUGAGACUUUGGAUGUCCAUUCUGACCUAAAAACAGUGUAGAAACAACAUUUGUGUAGAGCUUCAACAAUAAAUCAAUUAGCUACCAGCAACUGAAUGAAUAAACCAUUAUUCUGUUUUGAAUAAGAUUCCUUACACCACUGUAGCAGUAAAUUUACUAUGAAAACAACAUUUGAGGAUGUCAUUGGACUUUUGAAAUGGGCUGAUCAAACUUUUUCAUUACUUUGUAGAUUAAGUAAUAGUUGAUUAAUAGAUAAAGUAAUAAUAUUACAACAAUUACAAUCUGCUCUCAUCAGCAUAUUUCUACCAAGGUCCACUCAUGUUUUACAUGUGCACCAAACAUCUAGAAGAUAAAAUCACAGCAGUAGUGUUUUUUUAAGUCAAUAAGAGAAUCAAUUUUCAACAAUGUGAAUAUGACAUCCUUAAAGUACUUUUAAAAGAUUGUAAAUUUCAGUAUCAAUUCCAUGACAUCUGGACUUCUGGGUAUUUUCUUUGCUGAUGGAAAUCCAAAGAUGGAACCAGAAGCUCCUGGACUUUUAGCACUGACAUAAGUUUGAAGGCGACUGAAAUGAGCAUUAGUGCAAUGAUGAGAUUCAGUAAUCUGGCUUCUUAGUCACUGAACAUUCCCAGUGUUGAGCAUUCCGACUGUCUGAGUCUCAGCACCUGAAACAUCGACAACCUGUUGGAGAUUCCCAGACACAGUGUGUUUUCACCAGGAUGUGUCCUCUCUGUCCAUUCUACGCUUAUGGAUGUAUGGCUUUCCUCUUUCACUCUUUCUAUGUCAAUCGAGAAGCUUUGACAAUUAUAUAGUAGAUCCAUAUUUUCAUUUGUUUUUGUUUUUUUUCCAAGAUUGUUCAAUUUUAAUAAGUGUUAGAGUUUGCUGUCUUGCUAGCGCUUGGCUUGCUGCGCCGGGACAUCGUUUUAAUGAAGCAGAGAUGAGUAAAGUGGACUCCUAGAGCUUUUUCCAAGCUCCCCUUCCUUUGAUUUCAGCAUUGAUUGAACAUGGAAUAUCUCUUUUAUCCGGUGACUUGGCUUCACUUUCAUGUUUGGACUGGGGGGGGACGCUGGCUCUCAUUGUCUUCGCCCCCUUUUUUUUUUUUUUUUUAAGUUUUAAGAAAGACUUGUGAGUGCAGCCAUGUUACAGUUGGACCUACAACCUGAAGGGGAAGGAAGGGACACAGUGGAACAGAUCCCAAGCUCAGUAUAUAAAAAAAUAACCAAGCUCCAUCUGCUUUGCCAGAAGCAGGUUGUCAAACACAAUCACGUGAUCAUGAACUAACACUGCCUAAACUGACUGACACAGGAAUUAGCCAAUGGCAAACUGUCGCAGCAGCAGCAUGCGCGUGCCUCUUCAUUCAUCAACCAACCAUCUAACCACCUCUUUUUCUGCAAUAGCAAAUGACAGCAGGAUUACUUUUCAUAGCUUUAACUUGGCAGCCAAUCAGGCUCUGCUUUUGAAACUACUGUGGCACACCAAGGGCUGAUGGGAUUGGAAAGUGUAGUGGAACCGCUGCUGAUGAAAUGGACAUGUCACUUUACUGUGAAAUAGACAAUGCAGGAAUGGCUCUUUUUGUCCGUGUAAACCUUUGGAUCGAACCUCCAGAAGGCUGUGUAAAGUCUGUAUAGAACUGUAGAAGAUAAAGUAUUUUUCAAUGACUUUUGCCACAGGCGGAUGUAGAUGCAGUGACUGACAGGAUGUCGCCUCCAAAACCCAAAGUGUGACAUUACCUUUCUCACUAUUCUGUCUCGCAUCGCAGUUCUUAAAAUUCAGACUUUUAAAGGAUCAUUGUUUGUUGAAAAGUUGUUGUGGUAAGACUUAAAGUCUUACAAAGUCUCUGAUUUUAUAACAUCAGCAUCUACAUUAUCUGUUUUAAAAGUAAUGCAGGACAGGGUGAUGGGGCGGGGGGGCAUCUACUUUGCUUUGAAGGUUCUAUGUUGGUCAGGUUCAUAUUUUUUCAACAGUCUAUUCAUGAUCCCAGAGGUGGUGAAACUUUGGGUUCUAGCUGGAAAACUCAACCCCUGGAAGACAGACGUGGCUUCAACUCUCACGCUCAUGGUCGACAUGAGGGUUGGAGGUGAUUUCUUCUGUUCUUCAACGAACCUAAGCAAGACGCCCCCUCCCCCGUCCUUCAACCCUCCUCCCUUCAACCCAGGUCAGCAGCUCCACCUCAGUAGCCUUACUUACAGAAACCUCACUCAGCUGGAAAACACCUGACAGAUACCUCAGUCAUUUACACAAUGACUCUACAAUAGCCUUUAAGGGAACCAAACAUAAACUUAUACCACAAACACAUGCUCACACAGACACACUACAGCUCUCCUCAACAACCUCUGCAGUGUUUUAAUGUCUUUUUACUGUAAACUAGCUGCCAGUUGUACAAAACAAAAGGUUGUCCAUUAGAGACCUGUUGCCAUUAGACCAGUCAGUGUAUGAGUGGAUCCCAAUGUUUGUAAGUGUUAACUUUCACUCUGUUUUUUUGCUUUACUCACUUUAUCCUCAUCUCUGCCUCAUUCUGUGUUUUCUGUCAUCUCUGACUGAAUUUUUUCUCUUUUACAAACUGUCGACGUGCCGCUCAGCUUUGGCGCUGCGUUUAACCAAACAUACUACCUCUCCCUUCCGCACAUAUUCAUAUAAUUUUUUUUUUGUUUGUUUUGUUUUUUUUUGUUUUGUUUUUUUUUUUUUUUGGUCGCAGCAUGAUUGUGUUUAUUAGAAAGCAUCGGUUUAUAUAUUUCAACACUAAUUUAGACCUUUGUUGUGUAUAUGUACAGUAUAUUCCUUUUUAACUCUUCGCUUUUCAAAUGCUGGAUGAUUUUUACCUCAAGAAAUGUCAAGAUAAGCCUACAACUCAUAAAUCAGUCAGUCAGAGCCUUCUCUAACGUUGUUUUACCACUGAAGUGUGCACGUGUAUAGGCAGACCUCUGUAAGGAAGUAAUGCUAUUAUACAUUUAUACAGUAGAGCCACAGUCAGUUUUAUUCUGCAACACAGUUCAGGUUAACAACAAGGAAAACCUGCUCUUUUAAAAAUAACCCCAUCGUAUAACCAUGUAACAGUUUACAGGGCUGAUUAGCUUAGCCGUGUUACCAAGCAAGCUAGAGAGAAUGUUUUGGAUUGUUGAAUGACUCAGUCAAAACUGGAAUAUGUAUCUUGUAACAGAAUAAUGUCAGGUUGGUUUAGUAGCUGUUUUUAAUAGUGGAAUCCAAGCUAAUGAAGAGAUACUGAUGAUGAUAGCUAAAGAAGCAGAGGGACAAUGAGGUUAGCUGAAGCUACAUAAGCUACAGGGUCCUUUAAAUGAAGUUUUUAGCACAACUUCAAGCCAAAUCAAAAAAAAAAAGAAAGA